GCUCAUACACCAUGCUGGGCAGCAGGGCCAGCGGGAGGGUAAAACGUCCAGGAAAAUUCAGCAGUAGAUGCCCUGCCACGGAGGAGGGUGGCAGAAAAUCAUUUGCCACUUCAACUGAAUUCCUUUGAAAGGUUAAUUUGAUCAUCUCCUACGCGCACUGAGUAAAUGAUCUGCCCGUGCAGCACAUAAUCUCUUUUUCCAAGAUGUCAUUGUGCACGAGUUUUCCAUGACUUAUAAAUAACAACUCUCUGCUCUUGCUUUGGCCAGAUGAGAGGGAAGAGUAAGAGAACACGCAUGUUGAGAGAAAUACUCCAUGGAGCUUGAUGGGACUUCAGUGAGUUGCUGUCAAAGGAGUCUGUCUGCGACCUCCUUUUGAAACGUCCUGUGACUUUACUGGAAAAACUUUAAUGGAAAACGUCGGAUGUCCUUGAAACACUUUUAUAAGGAGUGAGAAGAGAGUGCAGACUUAUUUGAUUGGUUUAAUUUGAGGGGGUAGAGGAGAAGUUGAAGGUUUGCUUUAGAGAUUUUUGCUGAGGCCCCGUUUCUGGAUUGAAACUAAGGGGCGUUGAGGGUUGCUGAAGAAACCAUGGAUGAAGCUACAGAGCGGGGUCAGGAGGCAGCGAUGAACGAGGCUUUCGUUCACUUCGAGGCCACGCUGGAAGCCGCUGUAAGGGAGGUGCACGUGGACGUUAGUGCUUUCAAGCAUCGCAUUGAGCAGAGGAUUGAGGAAAUGUGCAUUUCCAAUGGACCUUUGGCUGAGGCGGUUACCAGACUCCAGGAGGAGAACCUGCAGCUCAGGGCAAAGCUGGAGGCCCUCAGCCACCUGGUGGAGGGUCUCUCAGGGGUGAAGACUGAGGCGAAAGGGAAGAGCAAGGAGCAAAGACUAGAGAACGGCCAUGUACAAAUUCAAUCCAAGAACCAGGAGGAGCAGAAGGGUCUGUUUAACUCUGAAAACAACCAGCCGGGUCAGGCCACGUCCUACGAAGUGUCUGGGCUCAGUGGAGGAUCGAGCCAAGCUGCUACCCCAGCCCCUCCUCCGUGGAGAGCAAAGAGAAAUGCAGAGAUUAAUGGAACUGAAGCAAGAGGGGAGAAGAAUGUUGCUCAUGUAGCUACCACCGCGCAAGAGAAACAGGAAGACCCUGAUGUAACCCAGACUGCAGAAGCUGCUCCUCAGUCCCACCGAGCUCUGACCGCCAUCACCAAACCGACCUCAGAGUCUUCAUCUGUGGAAACGCCCAGCAGGCCCGAUGCUGAUGAACCCCAGCCUCAUCUUCCGGUGACGGCCAUGACAACUAGAGCCAGUUCAGAGGCAGCUAAACCCGCUCAGUCUGCAGAACCUAAAGCAGCAGGCGAAGCCGGAGAAUAUCCUUUUAUAAGAGGUGGAGCGAAGGAACAAAGGCCCCAGGCAUCCCAGGAUCAGUCAGCCUCUGUGUCUCAGUCUCUCCCCCAUCUUCCUCUCACAGUGUUAACCAAAAGCAGCUCUGACACUCCUGCUUCAUCUAAAUCUGAUCCCAAAGCGGUUUCAGCGCCAAACCCUUCGAUGCCAGAGUCACCGACGAUAAAGCGCGGCGAAUAUCCAUUUAGACGUGGUGCGUGCACUGCCGAAAUUUUCUCUCAGAACAUAGACAUUCAGAACUUCUCAUCCAGCUGGAGCGAUGGGAUGGCCUUCUGCGCCCUGGUCCACUCCUUCUUCCCUCUGGAGUUUGACUACAACUCUCUGAACCCUUCAAACCGCAAACACAACUUGGAGCUGGCCUUCACCACCGCAGAAGAGCAGGCUGACUGUCUGCGUCUGAUCGAGGUGGACGACAUGCUGGAGAUGGGGGACAAGCCAGACCCCAUGUGUGUGUUUACAUACGUCCAGUCUCUCUACAACCACCUGAAGAAGUUUGAAUAACUCUUGAAUCAGAGCACGUCCCGAAGCCUACACGGCGCUGACCACGGUGUGCUGUGAACACUUUGAGCCUAAAGUGAAGCAAGCUAACAGGAAAUCUCAGCUGUCUGUGGCCAAUCACAAAUAUGUUCAUCAGUUUUAUACUGUGUGUGUGUACCUGUACUCACCAGCUUCCCACAGUUUCUUCAGCAUUUAUAGUGGAUUUCUUAAAAUAUAGUUUCCUGUGGCUGUUUCACAUCAAAUAAGGACACAAACAUCACAUGUAAUAAAAGGAAACGUUGUCUGCAAA